AUGGAUCUAGCCUCAACAGCAGAUAGUGGACCUCCUGUAAAGAAGGUGAAAUUGCCAUCUGGCAUGCCGGCUAGCUACACAACAUGGGCAAGUACUCGGUCGUGGCUGACCUACCGGCUAGGUGAAGAUGGUUCACUGCCAAAAUUGUUCUGUAAAGUGUGUUGCCAGCGGUACGAUAAAACAAUGUUACCUGGAGGACACAACAGGAGAGCAUGGUCUACUAGAGGCUGUACUCGACUGAAGCUAGACGCAGUAAAGGAGCACGAGGAGUCUUGGCUACACAAGCAAGCUAUUGGUCACAGCAAACAAGCUGCACGUGUAGCUGAAAGUGGUGGCAUUCAAGGAAUGCAGAUACAGCACAUCCGAAACAAAAACAAGCAACAGGAUGCUGCAAUGUUGAAAUGCCUGCAAGCUCUGUACUGGAUAGCAAAGGAAGAUAUUGCUUUGAGGAAAUGGCAUAGUUUGAAAGAGCUACUAGGCCAGGUUGGUGUUGAUCUCUCCGCUAUCAGACUGGGUAAAAAUGCACACUACGACAGUGACCAAAUACUAGGAGAAUUUCUGGAAGCUCUCGCUGAAGUAGUUCAUGAUGAAACAUCGUCUCUUAUUCAGCGAUCUGCAUUUGUGGGAGUCAUGGCAGAUGAGACAACUGAUGUUAGCAAUAUCUGUCAGCUUGACUUACACCUUCGCAUUGUUUGUGAUGGUGUAGUUAGGUCUCGUUUUGGUACUUUCCAACCCGUACCUAACACUACUGCCUACACUUUGACCAAUGCAAUAUGUGAGUGGUGUGAAGACCGUGGAGUCAACCUCCGUCGUCUGCACUUUGGCACAGACGGAGCAAGCAAUUUUACUGGCCGCCACAGUGGCGUUGCCAGCCGAAUGAAAGCAGUCAAUCCACAUCUUGUGCAUGUGCACUGCGUUUGUCACCGUGAGGCCUUAGCAGUAUCUGACGCGUGCAAAGACGUCCCCUACUUAAAUAACGUAUUCCAGCCAACGCUGGGAGGAGUAUUUCGCUUUUUUCAUAACUCGCCAGUGAGAGAAGCAGCUCUGCAUGCUGUACAGGUACUGUUUGACAAAACUGAGACUUACCUUAAAGAACCCAAGUUUGUACGGUGGUUGUCGCAUGAGGCUGCAGUAAAAGCCUUUGUAAACUGUUUCCCAGCAUUGAUAGUAGCUCUUAGCCGCGAAGCCUCUGAAAGAAAAGACGCUGCUGCAAAGGCAUACCUUGCUCAUAUCUCAAAGGUAGAGUUUGUUGCUUCCUUGCUAAUGCUUCAAGAUUUGCUACCUCACCUGACUCGGCUUUCGAAAGUGUUUCAAAAAUCCAGUUUCAACUUUAGCGAUUUGCAGCCAGCACUAGAUGUAGCUAUGGCAUCCGUAGAGCAGCUCCGAAUAAUGCCAGGGUCUAACGAGCAACAACUUGAACAGUUUCUGGAGUCUGCAAAUCUUACGAUCCGAGACUUAGAUCUUAAGAGACGCAGAUGGAGAGAAACAGUUCGAAAUACUUAUUUUGAUAAACUUGAGCAAGGUUUGAGAGACCGAUUUCCUGCAAUGCCGUUGCUUGCAGCAUUAAGCAUAUUUGAUCCUGUAGCAAUUAUUGAAAUGUCAAUGUCAGACGUGUCUCAGUGGCGUAUCUACGGGGUGGCCUGGGGGGGCACGUGCCCCCCCAAAUAUUUGACUUUUAGCUUUCUUUGA